UUCUCCCUCUCUCCAUCACUGUUCUUUGUCCCUCUCCCCUUUCCCAUCUACACAACUCGCUGUGCGAGCCAACCAACCGCCAUCAUGAGGUACUCCGCCAUGUCGCUGCUGCCGGCCCUCGCCGCAGCAUCGCCCAUGAUGCAGACGGGCACCAUCCACCAGGGCGCUGCUCCCAUCAUGUCCACCACCAACGCAAAGGAGGUGCCCAACUCGUACAUGGUCGUCUUCAAGAAGCACGUCAAGGAGAGCCACGCAAAGGAGCACCACGACUGGGUGCAGAGCAUCCACACAAAGAGCGAGAGCGAACGCAUGGAGCUGCGAAAGCGCUCCCAGUUCCCCGUCACAACCGAGGUCUUUGAUGGCCUCAAGCACACAUACAACAUCAUCGGUGGCAUGUUUGGCUACUCGGGUCACUUUGACGACGAGACCAUCGAGGCCAUCCGAAGACACCCAGAUGUUGACUACAUCGAGCGCGACUCCGAGGUCCACACCAUGGGCGGUGACAGCCACGAGACCGAGAAGAACGCUCCCUGGGGUCUUGCCCGUAUCUCUCACCGUGACUCGCUGAGCUUCGGUACCUACAACAAGUACCUCUACGCCGCCGACGGUGGUGAGGGUGUCGAUGUUUACGUCAUCGACACCGGUACCAACUACAAGCACGUCGACUUUGAGGGUCGCGCGCACUGGGGCAAGACCAUCCCCAACGGCGAUGCCGAUGAGGAUGGCAACGGCCACGGCACUCACUGCUCCGGCACCGUCGCUGGAAAGCGCUACGGUGUCGCCAAGAAGGCCAACGUCUACGCCGUCAAGGUGCUCCGCUCCAACGGCUCCGGCACCAUGUCCGACGUCGUCAAGGGCGUUGAGUACGCUGCUCAGGCCCACACCAAGGCCGUCAAGGAGGCCAAAGACGGCAAGAAGAAGGGCUUCAAGGGCUCUGCCGCCAACAUGUCUCUUGGUGGUGGCAAGUCUACCACUCUUGACCUCGCUGUCAACGCCGCUGUCGACGCUGGUAUCCACUUCGCUGUCGCUGCCGGUAACGACAACGCCGACUCUUGCAACUACUCCCCUGCUGCGGCUGAGAACGCCGUCACUGUCGGUGCCUCCACCCUGAAGCUCAAGGCCAACCUCAUCUCCAUCGCCACUGUCGGUGCUCUCUCUGACGUCCCCAGCAACACCAAGAACAUUCUCGCAUGGAACGGUGGUGGUUCAUCCAACUACACCGACAUUGUCGAGCAGGGUGGCUACACCGUCAAGAAGGCCGCCGAGAAGGACGAGUCUGAGUUCCGCAUCGCCAUCCCUUCCCUCUCUGAGAUCGAGAAGGACAUUGAGGGCGAGUACGAGAAGGCCAAGGCCGCUGCUUCCCGCACCGGCUCCAAGCUUGAGAAGCUCGAGCACGAGAUUGAGGACUUUGUCGCUAGAGGAGAUGACCUCGCUCUUUGACGAGUUCAAGCAGCGCGUCGCUCGCGAGUAAGAUGGCUCAAGCAUGUGAAAUUGCUUUGAGACAUUGUAUUCGCAUAGGUAUUGGAGGGACGGAUUAUGGCGUCGGGGUUUUUCUCUUCUACAUGGUGCACAUUCUUCGUAUCUUCAUUUGGGAACUAAGUUUUGAACUGUAG